GGGUGAGAAAGAAAGAGAGAGAGGGAGGGAGGGAGAAAGCUAGAGAGGGAGAGAGGCAGCGUUUGCAGGCAGUGGGAUUGACAAGGCUCGCAGUGCUGAAAUAAACACGCUUCAGCCCAGGCUCAGUAUUUUUUUUUUUUACCGCACGAUUCGGACUCUUCCGACGCAUCGGCCGCAGCGCGCACGCACCCGAUUUCAGUCACCACCACCCGAUCAGUUGAUCCGUGUGAAAUUAUGUCCCGAUCGGCGCAGAUCCAGCCGGCAAGAUGAUGAUUUUACCAAGGAGAGGCUCAAAUCGUGUGCCCGACUCGGUGCUCCUGGUGGUCUUGGUGGUCGCCGCUUCCCUCGGCGCCGCGUUCGCCAAGGAUACGGCUUUCGUGGAAGUGGUUCUGUUCGAGUCCAGUCCCAAUGGAGAUUACACUACGUACACGACUGGCUUGCAGGGACGCUUCUCCAAGGCUGGAGCCACUAUCAGCGCGGAGGGGGAGAUCGUUCAAAUGCAUCCAUUGGGACUAUGUAAUAAUAACGAUGAAGAGGACCUGUACGAGUAUGGCUGGGUCGGAGUGGUGAAGCUGGAGCAGCCAGAGCUGGACCCCAGCUGUCUCACCGUGCUGGGAAAGGCGAAGAGAGCGGUGCAGCGGGGAGCCACCGCCGUCAUCUUUGAUGUGUCUGAGAAUCCGGAUGCCAUCGACCAGCUCAACCAGGUUGCUGAGGAUCCUCUGAAGCGUCCUGUGGUUUACGUGAAGGGCAACGAUGCCGUUAAGCUGAUGAACAUCGUCAACAAGCAGAAAGUGGCCCGUGCUCGGAUACAACACAGACCACCGAGGCAGCCCACGGAAUAUUUCGACAUGGGCAUCUUCCUGGCUUUCUUCGUGGUGGUGUCACUGGUGUGCCUCAUUCUGCUCAUCAAGAUCAAACUCAAGCAAAGGAGAAGCCAGAGCUCCAUGAACAGAAUGGCCAUCCAGGCGCUGGAAAAGAUGGAGACCAGAAAGUUCAAAGCCAAAGGGAAGGCUCAGCGCGAGAGCAGCUGCGGAGCCUCCGAUUCGCUGAGCAGCAGCUCCACCUCCGACUGCGCCAUUUGUCUGGAAAAGUACAUCGACGGCGAGGAGCUGCGUGUUAUCCCCUGCGCUCACAGAUUUCAUAAGAAAUGUGUCGACCCCUGGCUGCUCCAGCACCACACCUGCCCCCACUGUAGACACAACAUCAUUGAACAAAAGAAGGGAAACCCUGGACCAGCAUGCAUGGACCCUGGCAACCCGGUCCACAGCAGGCAGAGGGUGGUGCUACCGGUCCAUUAUCCUGGCAGGGUGCACCGCGCGGGCCAGGUGACGGCCUACCCAACCAGAACCAGUAUGGACCCCCACGGGAACCCCAUCACCGUUCUCACUGUGGACCAGCACCCAGACCCCCAAGGACUGUACCCGCCCCAGUCAACAUCCGCCUUUCUCCGGAGCUACCACCCCACCCUCCAUCUUGAGCACUCGCUCAACCCCCACCACUGCGGAUUAGAGCACCGCGCGCCCCCGGGCUACCCGGCGCAGCCGCAUCACGCCGCCUUCAAGCGGCCCAAGUUCCACGGUCGCAGCUUUUCUCGCACCGCCUGUUUUUCGCAGUAUGAGACCAUGUACCAGCACUACUACUUCCAGGGGUUGACUUUCCCGCAGCAGCCCGACGGCGGCCAGGGGCCUGCUGUGGCGGGGCAGCUUGGUGGCGGAGGAGGGGCCCACAAGGCGCACCACAGCAGGGCCUUUCAGCCAGGGCUGCUGUACCCCACAGUGGUACACAUGGCGCCCGCCUCUUCCUCGAGGAUAGGCGACUCCGGCAGCGCUUCCGGCCUGAGCUGCUACCACGGCCACCGCUCGGUGUGCAGCGGUUACCUCGCCGACUGUCCCGGCAGCGACAGCAGCAGCAGCAGCUCCGGCCAGUGCCACUGCUCCUCCAGCGACUCCAUGUUGGACUGUACGGAGGUCAGCAACCAGGGGGUGUACGGCAGCUGCUCAACCUUUCGCAGCUCGCUGAGCAGCGACUACGACCCGUACGUCUACCGGAGUAAGAGUCCGUGUCGGGGCUCCACGGGGGAAGCGGGGGCUGCGGCUUGCACCACGGUUUCCGCCGAGGACUCGUCGUCCCCCGCUCCCUUGGGACACGACUGCCUCCAGCUCCCCUCGGGGGCUUCGGGGUAUAACUCGGGGGACCACCUCUCCAACUGCAGCUUGGAGCCCAACUACAGCAGUCGCUCAUCACUGGAACCCAGGGAGAACAGCAACACUAGCACUACCUCAGCCGGGGCUCCAGAGUCUGCCGGGGCCGACAGGGGGAAGGGGGCACAGGAGGAGUCGGGGGAGCACGGGGCGGCGGCGUGUAGCUGCUGUUUUGAGGUGCUCCCUCACGCUGUGGAGUGCAAAGGACAGGACUUGGACCAAGCCGGGCACCUGGCCUCGGGACGCUGUCGCAGGGGGGUGGACUUUCAGGGCUCGACCUCCAAGAACUUCUUUGCUCCCGAGCACAUGUGCCCUUCCUCGGAGCAGGUGAGCUAUGAAGGGCUUCCUUGCUGCUUCUACAAAGAGAUGAAGGUCCACCGGGCCGCGGCAGGGCGUUACGCCGAGGACUACGCUGUUAACGUGCAGUACGCACACGCAGACUCGGAAGCCUGCUCCGGGCAGGGCUGCUGCGAACUCAACCAGAGAAUACCCAUAAUUCCCGAGGACACGGACUGCGAACUGGGCAUGGGGUUAGAGACGCACAGCAGCUUGUUGCCGGUCGGCGUCACGGUGGAGGCGGAGUUGCGGACUGGGGAGCAACACGAGCCCAAGGAGAGGUACUUCACCUCGGGACAGUUCAGGGGUCAGUCGUACCCUCAGGAGGAGGAGACCAGGGCCUUGUUUCACCCUCAGCUCACUGUCAGCCCCGCUGCACUGGGAAGCAGUGCUUCAGCUAACGAGGGAGGUCUGGGCACAUGAACUGAAGUCCAGAGAGAACGGGACUCAAUCACAAACGUGGUACCAUGUCAGUCAGUUAGUGGUUUAAACCCUCAGUUGCCUUGUUCUGACCUUGCUCUCCGAGCACUGAAUGUUAUCAUCUUAGGAUUGUGUGGAUUUCUACUGAAAUGGCCUGUCAUUUCUAGAUAUAUAUACGAUGUAUCAAGUUCAUUCCUGUGGCCACAAAUGUCUCAAGCCUCGGAGACGAAGUAAUACUACGAAUUCGGAAAGGGGAGGGGGGUAGAAUGAGGUCGGUAUUCGCAUCCGUCUGAAGGCUGCCUGCUGCCGUCAGGAGUCCGGGCCCAUUUCUUACGAGAUCGUUCUUUUUUUUCAGAUUUUACAAACAAAAAAAAUCUAGACUCCAUCUUUUGUGCAAGCCCCGGGAAUCUGAGAGUUUUCUCUGCAAACGUACACUCUUAAUUUGCAAACACCUACAUGUAUACAGUCUGUAUAUAUGCGCACAUGAACAUUGACUGCCUAUAAAGCUUCAGCCACCAAUUGAAAUAGGUUCUAUGGACAUAGCUAUACCAAAACAGAAAGACAUGAUUGUUGUUGUUGUUUUUUUUUUUUAAACUUUUUUCAAGAGCAGGGAAACGGGUCUUUCAGUUUGUCUGUGGCCCACAGAUUUCUCUAAGGAGAAAGAGCUAUAUUACAGAAAAACAAACAAAAAAAAAUGCAUAGAAAUGUGAAUGCAAGGCUGACACUGGUCUCUAUUCAGAAUACAGAAUUUGUUUUAUGCAUUGCAUUUCUGUCCAGCCGUGGCCUGCCUGAAUGAGACGAGCAACACGGAUGAGCUUAUGCUGGUAAGCUAUUUGUAGCGACAUGUAAAGACACCGCGCGGCCACCGGUCAGACAUCAGGCCGCGGAGAGUGUCUCGGGGACAGCAGGUUUCUCCAGAAGUGGAGCGCAGUGCUCUUCCUUAAUUUGGAAAAAAAAAAAAGCGCAUCUUUGCCGUCACUUGCCCAAUUUCCUCCAUGAGGCGUGCUCUAAUAAAUAUCUAUGAAAGGUUCUAGCGUGUAUCUAAAGGCCAAAGGAAAGUAGCUGGAAAAGACUCAUAUUUCAUAAGGGUUCCUUAUUGUACUGUGACUUUUUUUUUUUUUUAUAAAUGAUGCAGUUAUACAUACCACAGUGUAUCCGUUCGAAUCAUAUCAUGCAGAGCAUAAUACAUACUUGCAAUAUCAACGCUUGUCGUUCAUGCCUUUCUGUUUGUCCUGCAGACUGUUUUUUUUUAUACUGUUUCUAUGAAAUAUACACAUUCUCUACACAGAGGAAAACCUGAAAUAACCAUAUUUAUAAGUUAACCCAGUGCUGUAAUCAAGUGAGAAUCUAAUCUUGCCUUUUGCAUAGAGAUAUGUACCUACUGCAAAUAUAACAUUUUGGGGUACUUGAGUCACUAUUUAAUUUUUUUUUUUUUUUUUUAUUGUUUCUAGCACUUAAGAAGAUAAAAAAAUGUGUACAAAAAUUAAUAUUUUUUAAUUUUUUAAGAAUAUAAUUAUUUUCUGUCAUUACCAGUACAAAUGUUUUAAAGGAAAAAAAAGAGGCUAGAAAUCAAUCUGUGUAUAUUUCUGUACCUGUAUAGCAAACACAUUUCAUAAAUGGAAAUAUGUUCUCUGAAUAUUUAUUUACUAAUAUAUUUAUCUUUAAGCCAUGUCUUAUGUUCAGAGUGUAUGAACGUUUGAGUUAUUUGGUUGCUUAUUAUUUUUGAGAAAAAUCACUAACAUGAGACUUUGUAUAUACAUGGUAAUUGCACACAAGACGAUUAAAUCUUCUCUGACCAAAAAACUGAUUUUAAAACUUUAGUACCAUACAGUUUUGUAAUUAAAAGUGUACAAAGAUCUGUAAAAUAUACAGUUUUAUUCAAGUAA